CGCCCUUAGCCCCCAUCUCAAGAAAAUAAGCUAUCAAGUUAAUUUCUCUAUUCACAUGUUUAAAUUGAACAGAUAAGUCCCUCAUUGCAGCCUCUAUUACUUUCCAUAUCUCUCUGAAAGCCCAGUGCAUUAUACCAUCUUCAGUUAACCAACUAAACAAUAAGCAUAAUCAGAUUCUACCUCAACACUAGAGCCAUAUCUCAAACCAUAAGACAAAUACAUAAAUGCCCUUUGCAAGUGUUUUCAAGGAUUGGGAUUAUUUGCCACACUCUAUUUGUUGCAGUGCAUAUUUCAGUUAAGCAUCCAUGUAAUUUCGUCAAAAAAAAUCCCAAACUAAGAAAGCCUAAGAAGCAAUUUAGUGAAAUUUAAAGCAAGCAUCCUAACCACUGCACUGGUCAUCAGCACCAUUCUCUAAAGAACAGACUGAAAAGGCCCAAGGGGCCAAGCUAUAAAUAUAGAGAAGAUUUAUAAGGUGUCUGUGAAGAAGACCGUUUGGUCAUGUCCAUUUAUUUUCUGUGCCGAGCAAAGCAAUAAUGCCGCUGCUCCUGUCUCCUUAUCAUUCAAGUUGCUCAGUCGUCAGCAACUCUACCUCGAGACUUUUGAGUUGGAUUCUUUGGACUUGUUGGUUGCACAUUGCUUGGUUAGUUUUUUCAGCAGAUUGUUCAAUUUGUUGCUUUAUUUGCUUAUAAAUGCAAAUGCAGCAUUUCAGAUCCUCACAAAAACAGGUGCGUUUGCUUGAGAGAGAGAGAGAGAGAGAAAGAUGAAAGGAACAAAUGGGAUGCUAAUCGUCAUUUUCAUGUUCCAAAUUCAGCAAGCAGCAGUUUGUGGUACUCAUUUACAUAAUGUCUCUAAAUUUGUUCAAAAGUGGCAGGUUCCAGUAGCCACAGCAGGAAGAAAAUAUGAUUUCAUUUACCUCGUCCAACAGUGGCAGAUUUCUUUGUGCAACAUAAAGUCUUGCAUAAAACCAGCAAGGCCAGCAUUUAGCAUCCAUGGGUUAUGGCCAUCUACUUAUUCAACGAAAACCCCUUCCAACUGCACUGCUACUGUUAGCAAGUUUGCACCGCAAAAGAUUUCAGACCUCAAAGAUAGAUUGGACAUGGAAUGGCCAUCGCUCCUGCGGGAGAGUAAUUAUGAGCUCUGGAAAGAAGAGUGGGAAAGCCAUGGAAGUUGCUCUCAAGCCAUGCUCCCUCAGCAUGCAUUUUUUGAGACAGCACUCAAACUUAAGGAAAAAUAUAAACUCCAGGAAAUGCUAGCAGAGAAAGAUAUCUAUCCAUUUGGUAACCUCUACCGCCUAGAUGGAAUUAUCGAUGCCAUUGCAACUGCUACGGGGCACAAUCCUCAAAUACAGUGCAGCUUGUACAAGCAAGUACCUCUGCUUUCAAAUGUUUUCCUGUGCUUUGACUACAAUGCAACUAAUAUAAUCGACUGCCCUGUGAAGAAGAGAUGCCGAUAUGAUGAAAUAAUGAUCCCUUACUACAUGUUUGGUUCUCGAAGAAACUAAGUGAGAGUUAGGAAAUGCUACAGGAUUUACUUUUCUUCCUUUUUCGCUCUGUUUGCCGCAUGCUUAAUUUCCACCAAAAAGCAAAUUCCAUUUA